UUCCGCAAGUAGUUGAAUUUCUGUAGUGAACGAGAGCCAGUCCUUUCAAACGCAGCUGUUAAGUUGGCCAUAUUUGAAGUGGGAGUGUGCCGAGCUCACUUGAGCAGGCCAAAACAGCUGGAGGAAGAGAGAGAGAGAGAGAGAGAGAAGAUUUGGGACGCUCAAAACUGAAAGCAAAGCAGAAACUAGAGCAAGAUGGGAUUUGACUGGCCGCUUGUGUUUUUGCUGACUCGAAUAUGAUUUUAUAAAUCUUAAACUGACUUUAUAAGUGCGCAUGUGGCUGCUGUGGAGGAUAGACAGCAGAGGGGCGAAGGAGCCACCAUAAUGCUCCACUGACACUCUGAUUUGAUAAUGGAGGAUGCAGUGACCUCUGAAGAUGCUGAACCCCUGCCUGCCACCUCCCAAAACAUUGACAUCCACCUCAGGGAGCCAGAGGAUGAGUGUCCUUCCAGCACAAGCCCGGAGCCCAGCACCCCGUCCUCGCCUUCUAAUCAGCAAACUCAAGGCUCUGCUGUAUCGGCGCUACAGUCCAAGGUCAAGGCUCUCUCCGAGCGCAGAGUCGCCUGGAAAGAACCUGGAAGUAAGAACCAGGACAAACGAGUGGUUCCCGGGACCUUCAUGCUGGGAUACGCCCUCACGGACGCUUGGGGCUCCAGCAGCAGCGAUGAAGACGGGGAACCUCGCAAGCCCCUGAUGUUCAUUGCCAGAGAUCCCAAGCCUCAGGUAGAACUCGAGUACGAUCCCAUUUCUUCCGAAACUUUGCUGGCAAUUCCACGUAGCCUUGGAGAAGGAGCAAGUCUGGAGAACCUCUCGAAUGAUGCUUGCAGGGCUCAACAUGAUGCUUCUCCAUCUGAUAAACUAUGGUUGCCUCCAAAGUGUUUCUGGAGGUCCAUCAGACCAGAGAUGCCGGUUCUAAAUGGGAACUCUCCUGUGGGGAAAGAUGGACCAAAUGGAGGAACCAUGGGACACAAAAUGGGCCACAAGUUUCCAAGAGAACUGCAAAGGUCUGACAGCCUGGAGAGUCACCUGCGCAGGUACAAUCACGUUGAGGUGGGACAGUGUGGACUUUGGCGAGCCGACAGCUUGGAGAGCAUGUGCAGCAGUGGAAGCUCACUGUCCCUGGCCGAGAGGGUCGAGAUGAAUCGAGGUCUUCUCAAACAGAUGCUGCAGAAAGCACAGAACAAAGACCAUAUGCCAGGACAAAGGAUAGAGGACCCGACACACAUUGGUGGUAGAGGUAUCUGUGGCCUGAAUGAUAGUGAUUGGGAUUCUGGAAUUUCGCUCCAAGGUAGUGAACACAGCCAAAGGGCCUUUGUGUUGGGCGACGACCUUCCGCUGAGCCCUCGCCACGAGCAGGCCAAACGACUGCUAGAGAGAGCGCGUAUGAAGGCCCGGUCCAACCCUCUCAAAGCCGACCACACCAUCCUACCCGUCCAGAGGGACAACCCGGAGCUGUUGUCCUGGGUUGGUGUACCCUUACACCAGGCUCCUCUUGCGGGGAAGGAGGGCGUGGCGGUGGUCUCCGGAAACCUUAGUGACUCCUCCAGCGGCGACUCGGCAGGUGGAACCCGCCGGAGACACGGACAGUCCCCAACCCGUGUGCGUUUCGAAGACGAAUCGGAGAAAGACGCUGAGGUGCGUUACCUGGAGCGGCUACGCCAGCGGCGCAGGGCUGGAGAAAGAGCGCAGGGUCUGCUGGUGUCCAAACCCACCUUGUCGUCUUACAUCAAUGGACAGGCAGAGACAGGUCAUGGCUCGAAUGAUUCAAUAUUCUGGAAGCCAAAAGCCAAGAAGAGUUUGUUGAAUGGCAAAGGUCCAGAAACAGCAAACAGGCAGUGCAACUCUUGUGGGACCUUUCUAAAUGAACCACCCGGGCCUAGCUUGAACUCAAAUACUCUGUCUUUACCUAAUGGGGAAGUCGAAGGGAAGAAGAUACCAUGUUGGGUUGCUCCCACCCUUCCCAACCGGCUUGUCCGGAUCGAACAGAUUAAGGAGACAUACAUUGGGACGAGCCCCGCUAUCGUCCACAGCGAUGGAACGCACUGCAGUCCUGUGGAUAACGUGAGCAGUAGAGGAACAUUCCAGAAGCUAAAGAAGAGGGUCCGGAAACAAGAGAGCAAGCAGGAACCCUUGUACAUCAAUGGCCUGAGGGCUCCAACACCUCCGGAUUGCAACAGUGGAACUCAAAUGUGUCUCUCGAAUGGACUAGCAUUGCCACUCAACCCCUACGCCACAAAUCCACUUGGACAGAGAAUCCCAGCCGCUUGCAGCCCCACAUCCAGCAAGGGACCUGUAGCACCUCCAUUGCCCCCCAAAGGUGAACCAUCCAGCUCCCACCUUCCUCAGCCAACCCCUCCGCCUCUCCAACCGAAAAAAUCAGCUCUAAAAUCCAGCUCAAAGAACCGCUCUAAUGGUCAGCGGACUGUCAAACUCAUGUCUUCGCCGGAGUACCACCUGGACUCCACAGAGGCAGGGGGCGCUGUGGAGAGCUGUCUUCAGGAACAGGCUUCCUCUGGAUUGGGUUAUUGGGAGGACAGAUCUGCAAUGGUCACCCCUGUACCCAUACUCAGGACGAGCCCAGUUCUGUGUGCUCGAAACUCACCCAUACAAGGGGAAGAAAGGCUAACAGAUGUAGAACAGCACCAGAUUACAGGACUGCUGGGAUCUGAUGCAACAUCCAGUAUUGCUGAAUCAACCCAGACUCGUCUCAAUGAAGGACAUGUCAGAGGGCCAAUCAGACCAGUGCAUCACAGGGCAACUAGCCCAAACUUCUCACAAGCGGGGACGGAUGCAGAGCAACGGGAGGGUCGACCCAAACUCUCCCUGCGGCGGUUCUUCUCCGCCAUGGGGCUGAACAGCGUGGGGUUGCUGGGAAAAGGACGAUUCAGCAGCAUGGAUCAGCUCAGCCUGCACCCCAAACCAAACUCAAACCUGAACCAAAACCAUCGGCCGUCUUCACCCUCCUCCUCCCCCAGCCCCACACACAGACACCACCACCAGCUGAAGAAAGCCCCCUCGCUGCAGACUAUACAGCUGGGGUCUCCAUUUCUCCAGCUGAGAAGAUCUUCAUCGGCUCAAAACCUACAAAUCCCCAGAAAGAAAACAGACCGUUCCUCUGCAUACACUCCGGGAGAACAGCCCUGUAGUCCAGUAUUAACCAGGGAUCUUCAGCGUGCCUUGAGUGUAGAGGAUGUGGGGCGGCCCAGUGCGGUGCGUCCGGUGGGACGCGUGGCCCAGGCCUUCCCUGACGGCACCAUCCUGCUGGAGCUCUCCAGACCCCCCAACGGCCCUUUCGGCUUUCUCAUCUCACGAGGAAAAGGCAGGCCAGACUCAGGGGUGUAUGUUGAAGAAAUGGGCGACAGCAAUAUGGAGAAGCUCUACGCGGGGCUGCUCGGGGUCGGAGACGAGAUCUUAGAGGUGAACGGCGAGAAGGUGGCAGGACUCAGUCUGGACCUGGUGACCCGUUUAAUGACUCAAAACAGCACAGCUUCAAUCCGCGUACUACGACACAGACGCCUACAGCGCUAACUGAAGACAAGACUGUACCAGAACCACAUUUUGUUGCAGUCAACGUAGACAAUAACGUCAGAAAUGUCAGGGACGAGUUCGUGUAAUCGGCAGUAUUACGUUUAACUGACCUUUGGAGUUUUAUCGCAGUGAUCACACAAUGGUCCCUAUCAAGGGAUAGUUACCCAAAAAUGAAGUGUUUUUUAUACAUUUUGUUACAAUCCAGUUUCAUUUUUUGGGUGAAUUCUUCCCUGUUAUGGCUAAAGGCCUGUUCACAACAAAAACAAUAACAGUAAUGACAAAAUAUAUAGUUUUAUAAAUCAUUCUAAAGUUAUAAAAAUAGCAGAGUCCACAACUAUAAUGAUAACGACACAGAGGAACAAUAUCGUUGGAACCAAUUUCCAGCUGAGGAACGACAAAAACACUGGCAGCCAAUCAGAAUCCAUGAGCAUUUAAAGCAGCAGAUGACAAAACUGCAGUGCGCGUUUAUAAUAAACAGUGCUAAUAUAGUUCAGUCAUUACAACUCUCUGAGAGUUUAGCACGGUAAUAUACAUGGCAAGGUUAAUGUGUUAAUAUAUCUGCUACACUACUGAUACCGCUACUGUCAAUACAUCCACAGACAUGCUGCUGUGCGCAUGUAGGAAAUAUUGCCGCUGCGCAUAUAUAUGAAAUAACCCCCUUAUAUAUCAUACAUGACAUAAACCCAUAGCAGAUCUAUACAGGUGGAGCUGGGGGAGGUGGAGGGUUUCUGAAGCGCUCUACAACUGCUACAGCAAGCACCAGCCAAGUACUUGAAUGUUGAGCAGCAAGCUCACUGUCUGCUGAUGCGAAAGAAACCAAUCAGCUACACCAUGUGAGUAAUCAUGUGAUUAUAUCAUAUUGAGUUCAAACCUAUCGGCCUGCGCCAUCUAGAGUUUCAUGACAGAACUAUACAUUUAUCGUUAUAGUUAACACUGUAGUUAUUGUUUUUGGUGUGAGUGGGCCUUAGUUUAAAAGUGGUACCUUGAAAAAACACGCUAUUGAAGGUGUGGUCACAUUAACUUUCAGCGAAAAACUUGUCCAUUGUAAAUAGUGUAGAAUCGAAGUCCAGCUCAAACAGAAAUCACUUUUAAACCGAUCAACUUUCUGUUGGUCUGUGUGGAGAAUUCAUGCGACCAACUUGGACAUGAGCGAAAUCUACAUGGGAACCCUUUUUUGCCCUCACGCAAAACUGUCAAUUGAGCAAUUGGAGUGCAAUUGGAAUGACUGGAUGAAUUUCGCCGACCAGCGGUAAAUGUGACCACACCUUGAGUCACAUUCAUUAGCUAUCGUUACAACAGAAUAUUAUGUCUGUAGUACAAUCGUGUAUGAAGGUCAAGGAUAUUUCAUGUACUGAAAGUUAAACUCAAGUGUUAUUGCAAUGAAGGAUGGUCUAAAUGUGUUUGCCAAAAAGACCAAUGAACAUCAAUGUUUAUCUAUCUUCUGAACAUUUUGUUUCAUCCAAAUCCUCCGUUGCUUUUGCUUUCAGUUCCAAUACGAAACCUUCUCCAUGCUGCUGACGAGUAAAUAGAUCUAUAUCGUACACAGUCAAAAGAGGUUUAUAUACUCUCCUAGAAUGGCUCGGUGCACACGCUGCAGUCGCAUUGAUCAUCAGCUCUAAAUGCUCUUUAGUAAAUUGAUUGGAUAUUUCUCCAUGAGCCAGCACAUUUUUAUGCCUCUACAGUGCAGUCCGACACCAUUAGCGUGCUGUCCUGAAGGAUAUCAGUAUUAUGGUACAUGCAACGCAAAAAGCUACCAACCUUAUGUAUUUUGUUACAUUUAUUUAUAUGUGUUCCUAUGAAAUAAAACAACUGGCUUUUGA